CAAAGGUCGUUCGACACCAGGCUGUCGACUGCGCAAUUCUUCUUGUCGCAAGUAGCCGGGCUACUUGAACUCACAACUUCCCAGCUGGUCUCACUCUUGUUUCUCCAUGCCCAAGCUUCAGGUUCUCGCCGGCCCUUCGCUCCAGUCUCUCACUCCAAUCAGCACACUCGUGAACAAGAAUGUUCCCUUCCGAAUCUCCACCGCCGAGUGGGAGGGCGAAAUAACCGUUUUCAUCAAAGGUUUCAACGACGGAGACCCUUCGUCAGGCGCCGACGCCGAGUAUUUCUCGAGACCAGAUCGUCAGGGCAUUACCUGGAGCAUUCAAGUUCAAGGCCGUUUCUUGUCUCCCCGCUCUGCAGAUGAUAUCCUCUUUGGCAACGUGUUCGAACGGCCUCUGCAGCUGCCAUGGGGUACGGGAGCUGCUCUUCAAUUCAUGAAGUGCAUACAUCGACCCCACUUUGUCGCACGACUUGACCUGCACUGCUACACGCAAACCAUGGGCACUCUCCCCGCUUGUCGCAACCAUGCCUCAUUUCGAGCACGCUCGAUUGCCCCUUGGCGACACCCCGCGCCCUUUCCACCCGGCCAUUCCAUCGCGGACGAAACCUCGUCGCUCCAUCUAUGCAGUCACACGCGUCGCUCAAGCACGCCGUCGUCCAUCAAUUCAUCCAGUUCCAAAUCGAGCAGCUCCAGCCGUGGGAGCAUCUUCAGCAAGCGUAUCCGCAGCAAGAGUCGUGGGUCUAAAAGUCCCGUUGAGGUGGUCCCACAAGGCAUGACUGCGCAGCAACGUCGCUCGUUUUUCAGCGACGAAGGUCAUCGGAAAUCUGUUACUUUUGGACCUCAGGAUGUGAUCACGACCGACUUCUGUUACGGAUUCUUGGAGUUCUCUCCCUCUCUGCGCUUGCGUCUGCCGGGUGGACUGGGCUUCGAUCUCGCUCGAUACUGGGACGGGCAGGGCGUCAGAUUCGUGUGCUGUGAGCGGCGCCAUGACACUGUGGCUGACGACGCGGAUGUCCAUCACGACACCGACUUUUCGGGCAAACGAGAUGACAGCCGUCCGGCAGACGAUCAGUCAGAUCCGUGGGGACCAGUAUUCUGGUGCGUGUCGAUUGAGAUGGCCGACGAAUGAUACAAUCUGACAUGACCACUUUCUUCUCGC